AUGGCAGACGCAGAAAAAACACCCCCUCAACCCAAGGCAGAGGCGACUGACGCCCAGGGGGCCCCCUCAGAGGCCCCCAGAGGGGCCUCAACCCCAAAGGGUGCCACUACCAGCCCUGCUCCAACUCCCCGAGGUGCCCUCUCCAAGGGAUCUGGCGGACUGCAAAAAAGCCACAGCGUGAAGUCGCAGGUGUCAUUCUCUGUGGAUCCACCCAGCAAGAAGAGCAGCAUGACGACCAAAGAGUUCAUGGAAUAUCGGCAGCACAGCAGCAUAGGCGGCCUCUUGCCUUCAAACUUCUUCUUAAGUCAGGAGGACAUCCGGAUUUGGGGUGUCGAGGACCUCACAGACCCCUCCAUACAGCCCUAUGACAAGGAUUCAGAGUCGCUGCCCAGACCCUUCCACGUGUCUCUGCCCGGAUAUGCCCCUCAUCUGUGCCAAUACGUUCUUCGCCACGGAGAGAAGCAGCCAAGAGACGCACUAUUAGGUCCGGAGAUUACGAUAUUCCCCCCUACAUGGGUUCCCCAGUGGACUCCAAACCCCAACUUCAAGCCUCAGCGCUACGGCUACAACUGGCAGGAUAGCGAGGCUUACAAGAUGGAUCGCUUGCCGUACGUGAACGCCGAGUUCAACCCCACGGCACCUGACGCUACCCACAUGUACAGGCAAGCGUAUCCCUACGCGGCCUACCCGUACGGCGUUCCCAGAGUCUGA